AGAAAAAGAAAGUAAAUAAAGUUUGACUUUGUAAAUAAUAAACAUGCACUAUAAUUUGGGUGCAGGGAAUAAUUUAAUUUCUUUUUCUUUCAAACAAAAGGCCUAGGCUCAACUGUGAAAGAAGUUAUCCGAGUGCCCAGUUCAAUUUUCUUUACCCCCCACUAAACAUUCGGGAACUGGAGUUUCUUUAUCCCGCCCGAAGAUGUCAAAAUUAUUCUCCUUCUCUAUCCUCGUCUACUUACUUUCUACACUUUCCGCCGCCCAGGAGGGCAACUCCUCCGCCGGCAACGGAGGCGGGGCGAGUCUGGAGCUCUGGUGCGUGGCCAAAAACAACGCCGAGGACGCCGCACUCCAGUCAGCGAUUGAUUGGGCCUGUGGAGCCGGCGGCGCGGACUGCGGCCCCAUCCAGGCCGGCGGGCCGUGCCACGACGCCUCCGACAUCCGGCGCAUGGCGUCGUACGUGUUCAACGAUUACUUCAUUAAACACGGCAUGGCUAAUGGCACUUGUGAUUUCCAGAACUCCGCCGCCCUCACUUCUCUGAACCCUAAUUUCAAUUCGUGCAAGCUCCCAUCAAGCCUAAGCAAACCAUUUAAAAUAGGAGUAGGAACGUCACAAGCAGAUGCGUACGAUAGCAGUUCUGUAAAGAUUCUCGGGCGGAUGUGGGGUUUGAUCACAAUCUGUUUGUUGUUAGUAACUGCUCUCAUUUUGUGAGGAAGUUAAUGCUGGUAGGAUGUGUCUCCCAUGUUUGAUGCGCCGAAGUUGAAGGCUAAAGUGGCAUUUUCUGAAGAUCACCUGAAUAUAUAUGUACUUCCAGUUGAGGUCUGCAAUUUUUUGAAGUAUUUGGGUUACUCUCGUUAUUUAAAAUGUUUUAAUUCAGUUUUGGGAACACCAUGGUCUGUUUGCUCUUGAAUCUUCCCAUUUUGACCAGACGUUCAUCCUAUUUGGGCAAUUGUAAUUAUA